UAUUUUCAAACACUUUUCCCUCAUCAACGACUUGGUGAUAUUAAAUUUCGUAAGUUUUCUCAAGUUAUUCUUUCGUGUUCAAACAAAAUUGCCAAGAAGUGGAUUCAAAAUUUGGAAAUCUGUGAUUAGCUAGAUUCGAAUGAUGAAUAAAGUGGCGCGAUUGGAGCUCGAGGUGAAUACAUUGCGUCAGGAGUUGGCGAAGAUUCGCUUUGAUCGGGAUGAGAUCUGCAGGAAGCAUAGAAAUCAUCUCAAGCGUUGUGCAGGUGGCGAUUGCUGCAAAAGAUAUCGUCUCGAGGGCGAUGAUAAGGCUGCUGAAAAGGAUUUGUACAUCGCCUAUCUGGAGGAGCAGAUCAAGCAGACGCGUCUCAAAUACAAACAGCAAAUGGGUGAUGUCAAGUCAAGUGCCAGUAUCCUCGAGUCGAAGCUUCAAAAGGUGCGAGAAGAGAUGAGCUGCAUCACGGUUCGGGCUCGACAAGUGGACAAGUUGAAGAAGGAUGUGGAAGUAUUGAAGGCGAAGUUGGAACGUCGAAAUACGACAAUUGCCCAACACAAUGAACAAUAUGCUGGACUAUUGGGAUUAAUCUCAAACUUAGAUCUUCAGUCAAUGGAAGGAGGUAAUCACACAAGUGAGACAUUUAAACAGAUCAGAGGAAAUGCUUCGAGAGAUAAUUCGAGAGUUGCGUUGGAGAAGAAGACGAAGAAGCCAAAACCAAAAUUGAAUUUUGUCUGUCUAAAUGCGGCACUCAGAAAAAAAGUAAUGCACAAUUAAUUGAGACAAACAAAUAUUCAAAUUGAUGGUUUACUUUGGCACUUCAGUAAAAAUUUUUAAAAUCUUGCAUUUUUAUAUAUUCGUAGUUGAAUCAGAAUUAUCGUAUAAAUCUUUUAUAUAAUGUAA